CCCUAGCGUCAGGAGUGGAGAAAUAACUGUGCGCGCGUGCGGAAAUGCAAGAGGGUAUGUGCGCGCGCGGAGCCAGCACGCGGAGGCAACAUGGCGGAUGAUGAGAAGCUGCCAUCGGGGUGGGAGAAGCGGAUGAGCCGCAGCUCAGGACGGGUGUACUACUUUAACCAUAUCACCAAUGCCAGCCAGUGGGAACGGCCAACAGGACCUGGUGACGGCAAAGGUGAACCGGAGAAAGUGCGCUGCUCCCACCUGCUGGUGAAACACAACCAAUCCCGUCGCCCAUCGUCAUGGCGAGAGGAGCACAUCACACGUACCAAGGGGGAGGCCCUGGAGCUCAUACAGCAAUACAUCGAGAGGAUUAGGUCUGGAGAAGAGGAGUUUGAGAGUCUUGCCUCCCAGUUCAGUGACUGCAGCUCUGCAAGAAAUGGAGGCGACUUGGGCCUGUUUGGCAGAGGUCAGAUGCAGAAGCCGUUUGAGGACGCCUCCUUUGCCCUGAAGGUGGGCGACAUGAGUGGCCCAGUUUUCACAGAUUCAGGCGUUCAUGUCAUCCUGCGCACAGGAUGAGAGGAGACUGCACACAGAUGUUCAGACAGAUGUAAACAAAUUACAUACACACACCUCCCACACAUGCUCAUACGGUUGUAAGCAGACAUAUGCACAUCUCCCAUAGACAUGUAUAUGUGUAUGUAAGCAAAUGACAUGCACCUCCCAUACACACGUGUGUACAUGGGUGUAAAAAAAAAAAAUGACAUGCACCUCACACAAACACACUGAUGAAAAAAAACGACAUACACCUCCCAUAUACAUUCACAUGUGGAUGUGAACAUACGACAUACAGCUUCCAUACACACCCACACGGGAAUAUAAACAGACAACGUAUAUGCACCUCCGAUAUACAUACUCGCACGGAUGUAAACGGACAUACACACACUGCCCACAGACAUGCAGUUAGAGACACACCAAUAUACAGGCCGAAGAUACACACUUACAAAUAUAGCUUCCACAGUCCAUCCAGUCUCACUGCUGCCUCUUUACUGUCAUUUUCUUGACUUCUGUCUCAGACUCACUCUCUUUAGCAACCUGCUUUUUUCCUGGCAUCACAUUUGCCCUUAUUUGGUCCAACCCACCCCCCCAGACAUGUCUGUGCCCCUCCCAUAGGUGCAUGUAUGACCAAGCCAGGAAUUGUUGAGGUAUAGGCUGUGGUGGCAGCUUUGAGAACCUUAAUAUAUAUGAAGAUGAUGAUGAUGGUGCUGCACAAUAAAGACAAACUCGGAACUGACAUAACAUCCCGACCCACAGUGGUGACUGCUUGGUGGCAGCUGGCUGUUGCUGUGGAGCCUCUCUGGAUGUGUGGUGAUGUGUAGCUCAUGGAUAUGUGCCCAUGUCUGAAAGGUUGUGGGUUCAGAUCCUGUAGCCAGCAGAAUAGUCAUAUCACCACUGGGGCCGUGAGCAAGGGCCUUAAACCCAGCUGCUCCCGGGAUGCCAUAUGUUCUGUAGCCCCAAGCAUUCCUCACCUGUACACCUCUGUGUACAAAGCAUCUAAUAAAUAAAUGUAUGUAGUUUGGCGGUG